UCUUGCUAGGUGGUCACACCACCGUAUCGAGCAAACAAAAGUUAUUUUUUUUUGCAAAACAUUCAAUUUGCAAGGGAUUGAACUACAUUCUAAGUUAAAAUGUCGCAAGAAGUAGAAGAAACGCUGAAACGAAUCCAAAGCCAUAAAGGUGUCGUCGGAACAAUUGUUGUCAACAAUGAAGGUAUUCCAGUUAAAUCAACGCUUGACAACACAACAACCGUUCAAUACGCGGGUUUGAUGAGUCAACUGGCCGACAAAGCGCGGAGUGUGGUGCGCGAUCUCGACCCAUCCAACGAUAUGACAUUCCUGCGAGUGCGGUCCAAGAAACAUGAAAUUAUGGUCGCACCUGACAAGGACUUUAUUCUUAUUGUUAUUCAAAAUCCAACCGAUUAAAUGCUUAUUAGGCGAAACUUAUAGCUGAUAAAA